UCUUUAAGCCGCCGCGGGGCCGCGCUGGGCUGAGACGCGCCGAGCUGAGCCGAGAGUUGGGAACCACCAUGCCGAACUGGGGAGGUGGCAACAAAUGUGGUGCCUGUGGCCGCACUGUCUACCAUGCUGAGGAGGUGCAGUGUGAUGGGAGGAGCUUCCACCGGUGCUGCUUCCUCUGCAUGGUCUGCCGGAAAAACUUGGACAGCACAACUGUAGCGAUUCAUGAUGCUGAAGUUUACUGCAAAUCUUGCUAUGGGAAAAAGUAUGGCCCAAAAGGUUAUGGAUAUGGCCAAGGAGCAGGAACACUGAACAUGGACAGGGGAGAGCGACUAGGCAUCAAGCCUGAGAGCACACCUUCUCCUCACCGGCCCACUACAAAUCCAAACCCUUCAAAGUUUGCUCAGAAGUUUGGAGGGGCAGAGAAAUGCUCAAGGUGUGGUGAUUCUGUUUAUGCAGCAGAGAAAGUAAUAGGAGCUGGAAAGCCAUGGCACAAAAACUGCUUCCGAUGUGCCAAGUGCGGAAAAAGCCUAGAAUCUACAACCCUAACUGAAAAAGAGGGAGAAAUCUAUUGUAAAGGUUGUUAUGCAAAGAACUUUGGCCCCAAGGGAUUUGGGUAUGGCCAGGGAGCGGGUGCCCUUGUUCACGCCCAGUGAGGGGCCUAAAAACCCCUUAUGGCUCUGCUGAGAUCCUGCUAGAAGGAACAAGAGGGUUUCCUAACUGUUACUAACUACUGUGAAACAGAUACUAGUUACUGUAGUGCUUGGGUAUACAUUCUGAAGAUGAUUUUAAAAAACCCCACAAACACUGCUUUUUUCCUUGCUUUGUGUAUCACACUGUAACACUUUUAAUACUGAGUAUCAAUUCAAUAAAGCUUUGCUUGUUGAUAUAUCCUAAA